AAAGGUCAGUACAAUCCUGUACGCGGUACGACCGAGCUCCAGAGCCAUGGCGAUGUUUGGGAAGGUUUUGGAGCCAGUGGGCUACAUGCAAACUGUGAGGGUCCUGGUCCAGGGCAUCUGCUCCUAUCUGGGCGGCAGCGCCACAGCCGAGGAGACCGAGUUGACCAAGAAGAACCUGGACCACAUCGACCAGGAGCUGGGGUCUUCGGGUCACGGCCUGCUGGAGGACCGGGAGGUCCACCGGCUGGAGGACGACCUGGCGGUGGUCUACUACCAGCUGGGCGCCGUGGUCAGGGCCCAGGCGAACUUCACCAAGAAGGAGACGGAGGUGUUCCUGCAGUACGUGCAGGACUACCGCCUGGAGCGGCAGCUGACGGCGCUCUACAGCCGCCUGAUGGGCGUGUCCGCGCUGACCGACCAGCCCACCCUGCUGGAGGAGGUCAUACUGACGCGCAAGCCCAAACGCUGGGAGCUGAAGGAGUUCUGCGUGAAGAUAAACUUCGUCCUGGGCACCGGGCUGCUGUGUCUCUUCACGCAGGCCUCCCUGACGGGCCGAGACCAGGCCCUGCUGAUGAAGACCUGGUCCGAGCGCAUGGGCGCCCUCUACAGGAAGAUGAAGAACACGGGCGGCCGCUGCCUGGGCUACUUCCUGGAGCAGGCGGAGGGGGACAUCCGCCAUCAGCUCGGCGAGGCCGUGCAGGACCGCGCGCCGCCCGAGCAGGCGGCCGCCAGCAUCCUGAAGACCCUGGAGAAGAACUACGACUGGCUGCGCUGGGCGGUGAUGCUCCACCCGGCCGUGGGCGGCGUGGAGGACGUGCAGGAAGGCGAGGAGACGCGGGAAGAAAAGGAAGGAGCGCAGGAGGAGCAGCAGCCCAACAAUUUGCUGUCGGUGGCGUCCGCAGCGCCGAUCCCCCACGUGGUGGCGUGCUACCGGGACACGCCCACCUCGCUGGACAAGAGCCGCAUCCACCAGCUCAUCGUGGACCUGGAGUGGAAGAUGCCCAACCCGCCGCCCGAGGUGUACGCCUCCAUCGAGGAGGACCCGGGCCGGGCGCGGCGCUACCUGGCCUCGCGCAUGCUGGAGAAGCUGCAGGAGGGGCUGGGCGCGGGCGUGGCCGUCCACGUGGUGCCGGGCAGGAUGGAGAUGAAGUGCAACUUCCCUCAAGCCUCGUACUACCUCUACGAGUACAAACACCGGCUGGCCUCCGGCACCGUGUGCGUGUUCGGGUGAAAGGAAACAACGUGCUGUUUUCGUAAUCAUGUUACAGUGGCAGCUUUAUUAUUAUUAUUUUAUUGCUUUAACACUUGACAUGAACCUGUCUCGUGUAAUAUUGCUUCCAAUAAAUGUCAUUGUAGAGAAAAGGAA